AAGAGGUGGCCUAGAGCCGUUCGCCAGACACCGCUGCCCUCUCGCUGAGGCCGGAGGCGCACAGGAUGCCUCAGCCACGGACCUUCCUCCUGCUCCUCCUGCUCCCCAUCAGCAGCGCCCUGGCCCUCAGGCUCUGCUCCUUUAACGUGCGGUCCUUUGGGGAAGCCAAGAAGGAGAACAAGAAUGCCAUGGAUGUCAUCGUGAAGGUCAUCAAACGCUGUGAUAUCAUGCUCCUGAUGGAAAUCAAGGACAGCAACAACAUCAUCUGUCCCAUGCUAAUGGAGAAACUAAAUGGAAAUUCAAGAAGAGGCACAAUGUACAACUAUGUGAUUAGCUCUCGCCUUGGAAGAAACACGUAUAAAGAGCAGUAUGCCUUUCUGUACAGGGAAAAGCUAGUGUCUGUGAAGAAACGCUACCUCUACCAUGACUAUCAGGCUGGAGACACAGAUGUAUUUUCCAGGGAACCCUUUGUGAUCUGGUUCCAGUCACCCUACACCGUUGUCAAGGACUUCGUGAUUGUCCCUCUGCACACCACCCCUGAGACAUCCGUUAAAGAAAUUGAUGAGCUGGUUGAUGUCUACGUGGAUGUGAAACGCCGCUGGAAGGCGGAGAAUUUCAUUUUCAUGGGUGACUUCAACGCCGGCUGUAGCUAUGUCCCCAAGAAGGCCUGGAAGAACAUCCGCUUGAGAACGGACCUCAACUUUGUUUGGCUGAUAGGGGACCAAGAGGACACCACGGUCAAGGAGAGCACCAGCUGUGCAUAUGACAGGAUCGUGCUUCGAGGACAAGAGAUCGUCAGCUCUGUUGUUCGCAAAUCGAAUGGCACCUUUGACUUCCAGAAAGCUUAUGGGUUGACCGAAGCGGAGGCCUUGGAUGUCAGCGACCACUUUCCAGUUGAAUUCAAACUACAAUCUUCAAGGGCCUUCACCAACAGCAAAAAAUCUAUCUCUCCAAGGAAGAAAACGACCCGUCGCUCCUAGAUGCAACAGUGCCAUUAUAUUAGCCAUUUCUUGCCUCUAAAUAGAACAGCCCCUAUAGGUAUUAACUGCUGCCUGUGCUCAGGAAACAAGACUGGCCCAACUGAAUUUCAACCUGAAUUUAAUUUGAUUUAAGUCAAUUUGGGAGGGCAGUCUUCUCUUACCCUUCUUGGGCUCAUACAUCCCCUGACUUACCUAAAAGAAAACUGGGGGCUUUUGCAGUCCAGAAGGAUAGGCUUCAUGUCCCAAGCUAGAACCCCAAUCAGCUGUCAGAGCCUCUGCUCAGCCCUGUCAUGAAAGAGGCCACAGGAGGAGGAGACUGUCAGACUUCCGUCUUCACAAGGGGACCCUACGCCACGGGAAAUGACCAGAAAGGCCAAGGCCCCAACCACACCCUAUGAUUUGGGCAAUUAUCCGUUUGAGGAAUAUGUCCCCUCCUGUUGGAAGUCAGGAUGGUGAUUGCAUCUCACAGGAAUGAAGAAUGAAGGCCAUCCCCCUGGCCUCCCUGCCUCCAAAUUAUCCUCCAACUCAGCCAGCCCAGUAACCACCAGGGCCAUCCUUUGAAAUUGCAUCCUGACCACAGCCACCUGCAUGUCCCACCCUUGCUUCGAUAUCCUGGGGGGCUCCCACCACCAUCUGGAGAGAGCCCAGAGUUUUCGGAUGCCCACAAGGGUCUGUAUUUUCUGGCAUAACAUGUCAGCCUUACCUUCAUGCCACCUUGUGCUUUGUGCCCAGCAGGACUGCCCCUUCCCCGCAUGGCCCCAAGCCUCCCUCCUCCUGGCCUUUGAGUGGGCCAGCUGGCUGGCAGAGUCUCGGGAUUUUGUUAUCAUUCUGCAACCGAAGAGUCACAGGGGAGGCCUGCCAGCUCCGUUUUACCUGUAUCCAUGGUGACCGUUCUUGUUUGUUUCACUUUGCUUUCCCUUACAUUGCUUCUUUUGUUCAAGUGGUACCUGAACAUGGCUAAAUAUGCAAGCAGUACCAAAGAAUAAGCAGAGACAAGAAAUGCUGCCCCAAAAUCCUCACCCACUCGUUUCCCGCCUCAGAAGCAAACCCCUCACCAGUUUAUGCUCCCUUCCAAGAGAGUCGAUGCAUAAAAAUAAGCACUAUCUGUAACCUGGAAAUAUAGAGUAUAUUAUGCAUGA